AUGGGCCAUCUACCUCUCUGCUCAUACCAUUCUAUCAGCAAAUUCUCACCUACACAAGGAAAAUCCAAGCCAAGCCAAGCCAUGGCAGCUGCUGUUGUCACAUUCAAAGAUGAAUUCACAAGCCCUGUCCCAGCCAAAAGACUGUUCCAAGCCAUGAUACUUGAAGUUGACACCCUCCUCCCAAAGCUCUUGCCUCAAGUUUUCAAGAGCAUUGAAACCAUCCAAGGGGAUGGUGGCCCUGUGAGCAUCAAGAAGUUGAACUUUGUGGAAGGACCAGGUGGUGCUGGACUUCAGUUUGUGAAGCACAAGAUCGAGUCACUGGACAAGGAGAGCAUGUCCAUGAGCUACACUGUGAUAGAAGGCGAUCCAAUGCUCGCGAAGGCCGAGGCGAUCGCCGUCGAGCUGAGGGUGGAGGCAGCAGCUGAUGGAGGUUCCAAAGGGGAGCACAUCACCACUGUGACUCCAAAGCCUGGAGUGGAGGUCAAGGCAGAGGAAGCCAUGGCUGGGAAAGGAAUGGCUAUGGCUGUUCUCAAUGCUGUCGAUGCUUACCUCGUUAACAAUCCUCAAGCUUAUGCCUAG